AUGGCCGAAAUCAUGUCGGGGAAUUCCCUUAUCUCCGGAAUUGUCCGGAAAUUCGCGACAGACAACGCGAAAACGCCGAUAGAAAAGAUCAAGUUGGCUGCCCACUCGGCAUUUUCGCUUUAUAACAGCAGAAAACAUGUCAAAUCCGCGCAAACGCCGACGCCCAGCCUUAUCGUGCGAGCAAUGUCGUCGGCGAAAGGGAAAGCCAUACUCGAUGCGAGAUCGGAAGAAGCAGCUCUGGAAUCAGAGUCUGGGGGACAGGAUUCCAGCUCCCAUUCUCAGAACGGUACAACCGAUGCGGCUCGAUUGGCAGAGCUCGAGCGCAGCGUGUCGAGGCUUCAGAACCGGGUGAAGGAGCUAGAAAAAGACCGUCCACUAAAGAAUGGAGAGUCUUCUAGUAGUGAAAAUAGACCACAGACAUUGAUCACUCCGUUGGCUCCGCACCUGAGAUGCUCAAAGCACGAGACGAAGCUGUUUGGGCCUACACACUGGGCCCAUGUAUUUCAACAAUUUCAUCAUCUACGAAGCAUUCGUGGCACGGCUAUUUAUGAAGGCGUCCCCAAAAACGAAAUCAGCAAAUCACUCAAAGAGGCGCGGACGCUGAGAUGGAAAGUCAAGAAUUGGCAAAAGCCACACUUAUUAGAUCCAACUCCAAAUCUUCUAGGUGAUCUCCCCGCAAAAGAGGUGUGCGAUGAACUCGUUCAGUCUUACUUGCGGACAAUGGAGUUGAUCUACAGAGUGUUACAUGUCCCAUCUUUCAAGCAAGAAUAUGAGACCUUUUGGGUAGAUCCACAGUCAACCUCGACAGGAUUCCUCACAAAACUUCUCUUGGUCAUGUCUAUUGGAGCUUUAUUCUAUUUCAAGCCUGGACCAUCCAACGAGCUUCGUUUACCGAUUCGCCGUUGGCUCCAUGCAGCGCAAUGGUGGCUCACUGGUCCUACAGCGAGGGAAAGUGCAACUCUCCAGGGCUUGCAGGUGUAUUGUUUGUUGCUUCUGUGUCGCCAGGCAUACGCGAUCGAUAAAUGGGGGAACUGGAACUCUGCUGGCUCACUGUUGCGGUUGGCUACCAGCCAAGGUCUCCAUCGAGAUCCCCAAAACUUUUCACGGCUGUCUGCUUUUGACACUGAGAUGCGACGUCGUAUAUGGAUGACAAUCUUGGAACUCAAUUUGCAGCUUUCCAUUGAUGUUUCCAUGCCGCCUUUGAUCUCUGUGGAUGAUUAUGAUACUUUACCGCCGUCUAAUCUAGACGAUGAAGACUUCGACGCUACGAACGAAACACUGCCUGGUUCGAAAAAUCAAAGCCAGUAUACCGAUUCCUCAUUUCAAGUUGCUCUGGCAAAGUCCUUUGUAACGCGUCUAUGCAUUGCCAGGAACAUCAAUGAUUGCAAUCGUGAGCAGUCAUAUGAAGAAGCUUUGGCUCUAGGUGUAGAAUUGACAGCAGCCUCUAAAGAGAUUGCGAUUCUCUUUCAUGGCUAUAUAAGUCACGCUGCUGGACGUGCCAAUGGCCCAACCGUAUUCCACCAGCGUCUCCUUGAUACAAUAAUCCAUCGCUUGCUCCUCAAUCUUUAUCGUCCAUUCGCACUCAAAGCUCUCUCGGACCCACGGUUCUAUCUCUCCCGAAAGCUCAGCCUCAACUCCGCUCUGGUAAUGGCUUCGCAUGGCGAGACCAAUACCAAUUCCGACGAUCAAUUACAACAGUCUGAUCAAGACUUCUUCCGGCUUUGUCUUUCAGGGGCUGGCCUCUUCAAAGGGUAUCUCUCACCAGAUGUCAUAGUGGUCAUUGGACUCGAGCUCAUAACCCAGAUCGAGGAAGAGGCAUGCAACCAGUCCGCAGUACCUUCACAAACGAAACCAGAUGCUGUCAAUAAAUUGGCUCAAGCCACUCAAGCUCCACUUCUUGAGGCCCUCGAGCGCAUAUCAGACCAUCUGUAUCAAAGUAUAGCAGCGGGUAUUCCUAGUUUGAAACGAUAUGGUCUAUUGAACGGCAUGAUCGCCCAAAUUACCUCGGCUAGUCGUGAUGAGCAAGGAAUCCAGGAAGGAAUCCGACAAUCAAUGACAGAAAGUCUAGAGACUUCUCGGGUCUUGCUGCAGGCUUAUAUCUCUAGUGAGAUCAAUCGCUCCGAUGCGGAGGGGGCCGUUCUUCCGGGUGGUGUGGAUAUAUGGACUCCUGAUAGUGGUAUUCUGUCAAGCUUAGGCUCUGAUCUCAUGAUGCCAGAUCUUGCAUUUGAUUCAUUGAGUUUCUGGGAUAUCGCGCCCCUGGACGCCACGGGGUUUGAUGCUUCUGCAUUAUUGAGGGACUUUGAGUAA